AUGACUACACUAGCAGAAUGGCCCGAGUUAGCCGUAGUAACCAAAGAGCAGCGAUUCGAACUUGUGCUGAAAAGUUUGGAUUCGCAGGGAAGGACUCCAAAUCUCAGCGAUGAUAGCCUUCAAAAAAUGGUUUUUGAAAAGAAUCAUCAACUGAAUUUCAUUAGCAUAGCGGGUUGUGGAAUGUCUUACCUUUCACCUUCGAUUGUCUCUUGUUCGCAUCUCACCAAGCUUGUCAUCAUACGGAAUGAACUUGUUUCUGUUCCCGAGGAAUUAGGUACCUUGACAAAAUUAGUUUUUAUUGACCUCAGUAAUAAUAAAUUGGAGCGAUUGCCGGCAUCGUUUUCAAAACUAAACAAGCUUGAAACGUUGGUUGCUUCUGGAAAUCAGCUGACCGAUGACGGACUGUUCGACUUUACUGCAAUUGAAUCGCUUCAUGUGCUCGAUCUUUCGUAUAACAAUUUGACAGUCGUGCCGCCUACAUUGAUGUGUGGGAAACUCGUCCACUUGCACACUUUGAAUCUUGCUCAUAACAAAAUUGUCGAGGUGAAUACAGAGCUGAAUGUCAUCGAGCAUAUGAAAACGUUGAAUCUCUCCGAGAAUGAGAUCACGUCUCUCCCAUGGGCUAUCGGUCAGAUGGAAAAAAUCAAGGUCUUGGAUUUGUCGCUAAAUCCUUUCAAAGAUGGACGUUUCAAGAAACUUGCCAACGACAAGAGAGCUAAG